AUGACAAGUUUAAGAGUCACCUCAACAUCGCAAGGACGACCACAAAAACAAGAUGCGAGGAUACUGCAACUAGACGACCGGUCGCAAUGGCUCGCGUGGAAGACCGCCGAGAUGCUCUUCACCCUCCUCCUCAACAAACAGCUGCGCCGGCGCUGGCUGCUCGAGCAUAAGCAUUCGCAAUCCAUCCCAGUCGCACAGAGACUGCGCCCGAUUGCGCUUCUCGAACCGAUCCCCACGCCGGCGAGCUGGUCCGAGUCGCACGGGACGAGCGCUGCUGAAAUGGAGGCUCUCCAGUACCGCGUGCGGCUACUGCGCGCCCGCGCAGAAAAGGGCAAGGAGCUAGUCGCCGAAAUGGAGCGGAGAAUCCAGCGGGGCGAUCUGCCCGAUCCGACGAGCUUCUGCCAUUCGUGCGUCGCAGUCGAUGGUCGGGAGGUGUUUCUUACCAAGUGUGGGCAUCGCGUCUGCCUCACCUGUGUGCGGUACAGUACCAAUGAGCAGGGGCAGUACGAGUGUUGUAUCUGUUUUGUGCCGACCAGUUUUGUAUCUCGAAGGCGGACGCUUGGGCCACAGCGACGGUGA